AUGGCUUUCAUUAGUUUGUCAACAAUCAUUUUUCCAUUUAUGGUUCUAGCUAUUUUGUCAGCAAAAAGUAGUAUAAUGAUUGUCGAGGCACGCAAACUUCUAGAGUCAGGUAUGCCUCAGCUCCCAAAAUUUGAUUUGCCACCUCUACCAAAUCUUGAGCUGCCUAAAGUUCCUGAAUUGCCUAAGCCAGAAAUUCCUAAAGUAACUGAGUUACCAAAACCCGAGCUGCCUAAGGUUCCUGAAUUACCUAAGGCAGAAAUUCCUAAAAUACCUGAGUUACCAAAGUCCGAGUUGCCUAAGGUUCCUGAAUUACCUAAGUCAGAAAUUCCUAAACUAUCUGAGUUACCAAAGUCCGAGCUGCCUAAGGUUCCUGAAUUACCUAAGCCAGAAAUUCCUAAACUACCUGAGUUACCAAAGUCCGAGCUGCCUAAGGUUUCUGAAUUACCUAAGUCAGAAAUUCCUAAACUACCUGAGUUACCAAAGUCCGAGCUGCCUAAGGUUCCUGAAUUACCUAAGCCAGAAAUUCCUAAAGUACCUGAGUUACCAAAGUCCGAGCUGCCUAAGGUUCCUGAAUUACCUAAGCCAGAAGUUCCUAAAGUACCUGAGUUACCAAAGUCCGAGCUGCCUAAGGAUCCUGAAUUACCUAAGCCAGAAGUUCCUAAAAUAUCUGAGUUGCCAAAGUCCGAGCUGCCUAAGGUUCCAGAAUUGCCUAAGCCAGAAAUUCCUAAAAUACCCGAGUUGCCAAAGUCCGAGUUGCCUAAAGUUCCUGAAUUACCUAAGCCAGAAAUUCCUAAAGCCUCUGAGUUGCCAAAGCCCGAGUUGCCUAAAGUUUCUGAAUUACCUAAGCCGGAAAUUCCUAAAGUCCCUGAGUUAUCAAAGUUCGAGUUGCCUAAAGUUUCUGAAUUAUCUAAACCUGAUAUUCCUAAAGUACCCGAAUUACCAAAAUUCGAGAUGCCUAAGAUUCCUGAAUUACCUAAAUUUAAUGUACCUGAAUUGCCAAAAAUCGAACUACCUAAAGUUCAAGAACUGCCUAAAAUUCCUGAUUUUCCUAAACCUGAACUACCCAAAGUCAAUAUCCCAUAA